CUCUAGAUGGCAGUCUGUAGAUUUGCAACAGUCGCAGCGUGUGUUAUGAAGCUGCACUUACGUUGGUGAUCUGAAAUUGUAAACAAAAUGAGUUGCUUAUGGAUGGGUAAUCUAGAGCCUUACAUGGAUGAGAAGUUCAUCUCUCGUGCAUUCGCCACCAUGGGAGAGCUUGUGGUGGGGGUGAGAAUCAUCCGGAACAAAAUGAACUGGGGUGCGGCAGGCUAUUGCUUUGUUGAGCUGGCGGACGAGGCCACUGCUGAGAGGUGUCUAAGGAAAGUCAACGGGAAGCCUCUCCCUGGAGCCACACCGCCGAAGAGGUUCAAACUAAACCGUGCCACGUAUGGAAGACAAGGAGAGAGCAGAGGUGGUUACUCAGACAACAGGUACAAUCAGCCAUACUCGUACAACAACAGCCAGUACUACCAACAGUACCCUGACUACUACUCCAACUGGGGGUAUGAGCAGAACACAGGCAGCUACGGAGGUUACAACUACAACCACUAUGACUAUAGCAACCAGGGUUAUGGGGAGACUGAAGAUGAUGGGCUGGAGUACCCAAUGGUGGUACUGGAUGUGGUGGCAGCCAACAGGCAGUACAUGGAGGACAGUGAGGAGCUGUAUGAUGCCCUCAUAGACUGCCACUGGCCUGCCCUGGAGCCUCCUGGUCCUACUGCUGCUGCACCAUCCAAGGCACAGUAGAGCUAGCAGACCCCCUGGUCGACAGACAGCAACAGUCGGACUCUCUCAACCUCUUGAUGUGGAUUGUUUGGAACAGCCCAGUGUGAAGGUUCAAAGGCAUCUCGUCCUGCCUGCCAAGAGUAGCUGGUCUUCAGUGUCUCGUACACUUGCAAUGGGCUAAGCGAACAGACCACAGUGUAUGAUUCGUGUGAACCCAGCUCCAGUGACUGAAAGGAUGCCCCCCUCAUGUCUGAAUUUUUAUUGCUCACCCCCACUAAUUUCUUUGGGGUUAUUGGGCACUGGUUUGGUUCCAUUUGCCCAAUGAACAGGUUUGUUUCGGUGCUUGAUGUCUUUGUAAUCAUAUCUUCAAGGACCGCGGUGCUAGUUUGAGCCUGUCUUUUCCCUCCCUCACAUAGCUACCCUUUUCAUAUUUAUUGUCCACACUGGAAAAUAGAAUAAGAUUGAAAUAUAAUCCCUAUUCGACACCCUAUUCAACCUAUUGAUUAAAAAAUCUAGGGUCACUUGCUUCUUAUUGUGGAGUGGAAGACUGUGUAGUGGGUGUUUUAAACCUUUCUCCUCCAUGUUAUAAUUUGAAAGCUGUGGUACAGACAGAAUUGUUGAUUCUGCUUUAUGUAAAUAUUCGUCAACA